CUUGAAUAGCAACUCGGUAUGAAGCGGAAGGAGCUUCUCGGCGCCUGCGAAGCGCUCGUCAAGUCGUAUGACCCCAACAUUAUGACGGUCGACGCGCACGUCGACGAGGCGCUGGCCGACGUGCCCGACGCCGACCGCCUCUUUCUGCACCAAGUGCUCUAUGGCUGCGUGCGCUACAAGGACGUGCUCAAGGUGUUUUUGGCCAACUUUUACAUGGACAAUAGCGCAAAAACGAGCCGGAACGACUACACCAAGUUUAUGAUCCUCGCGUACCUGAGCAUUUUCCGCCUCGGCGAAAUCGGUAUUGGCGCCUUCAAAAGCAUCGUCUCGUCGCAAAACCCAACGUCCAUGCACGUCUUUCUCGCCUACCUCUUUGACCAAGCGAUUCUGCAAGGCCCGGUCCAAGCCGAGUGGAUCCGCCUCCUCGACCAAGCGUUUGUCGAGAAGGAGAUGAUCGCUAAAAUGCUCGUCUUCAAGCACGACAUUGAUAGCAUCCUCGACCACCUCCACGCCAAGGCCUUUGGCAUGGCCGCGGCGCGCGAGACGCUAAAGGCCAACGGCGGCAUCGUCCGCGUCGCGAGCAAAGAACCCACGAUCCCGAUCGCGCCCAACUUAACCAAGCCCAAGCCGCGUCCAAUCGCCGAGCCGAUUCGAAUUCCGCUCGAGAUCAAGGCGAAUCCAGUGCCAGAACUCAACAAACUCACGCUCUCGGACCUCGAGACGCAGCAAAAGCAGCGGCGCGAGGCGGCCAAGCAGGAGGUGCUAAAAAAGUACGAAGAGUCGUCGGCGCAGCCGUUCAAGCUCGAGGAGACACGAAGCAACCUCGAUGCAAUCAAGAAGGAGGUCGAGGACGCCCGCAUGGCCGAGCUCAAACUCAAAUUCAAAGCCAAGCCCGCACCGCUGUUUACCGACAAGGACGCGCCCGUGAAACUCAACACGGCGGCCAUCUUGCGCGAAGACGCAUUGUACAAGAAGAAGCAAGAGAAGGAAGCCAAGAUCCUUCAGGCGUACGAGUCGGACCUGCGCGAUGCGUCCGAGUUUUACCGAUGGCAGAGCGACAUGAUCAAGAAGGACGACGAAGACCACCGCCGGCAAGUCGAGAUGCGGCGCCUCGAGAUGGCGCAGGCGCAGCACGAAGCCAUUGAGGCGAGUCUGCGCGCCAAGGCCGAGAACCGCGAAGUUGCAAUUCAAAUGAAGCUUGUCGCGCGCGAGAACGACGAGAAGCGGCGACAAGAAGAAAACGAGCUCAACCAGCAGUACCAGCAAAUCGCAACCGACAUCAAACAGACGCGCGAGGUGGCGCCGCGUGAAGCCGAAGAGCGCGUUCGCCUUGAAAAUGCUCGGAAGCGCGAAGAACUCAAUAUAAUGCUCGAGGCCGAGCGACAGCGCAAGGCCGAGCAGGACGCGAUCGACCAAGCCCAGCGCGAAGACCUCAUUCGCCAAAUCCGCGCGCUGGACCGCGUGCACCGCGAGCACGUGGCAGUGUUUGACCCGACCGAGAGCUCCAACUAUGGCCUUCUGGAAGAAAUGUCGCUGGUCGAGCUCCGGGAGCGCCUGCAAAUGAAGAAGGUCCAAGAGGCCGAGUGGGAAGCCGAGCGCCGCGAGCACAUUCUCGAGUGCAAAAAGGACAAGGAAGAGGACCUCAAGUCCCGCGUGCAAAACAUUGCGCGCAUUCGCCAGUCGGCGGCGACCGCGAACCGUGCGGCGCGGGCGCGCAAGAAGGAGCUCGAGCAGGAAAAGCUGGAAAAGGAAAAGCAAAUGCGGGACGAAGGAAACCUCAAGCUCGCGGCCAAAAUGACCAAGCAGCGCGCCGAGCGCGAGGCCGAAGCGCGGCGCCUGCGCGACGAAGAGGAGCUCAUCGCGAACAAACGCAUGUUUCUCGGGGCGGCCAAAAACAUGCUGGAAGAACGCCAUUUCAUGCAACAGUCGCUCGGCGCCGAGCGCGAAGCCACGAUCAAACAGCGCACGACGCAGACCGAUGCGCGCACGGACGCGGCGACCAAGCUCAUGGCCAAGAACGUGCGGCAUUUGUACCGGCACCAACAAGCCCUCCUCAAGGAGCACGAGUUUGCAGUCAAGGACGAGCUCAACGAGCGUGCGACGCUCGAGACCAAAGCCCGCCUCCGCAACGACAAGGACCAUCGAAAAGCCACCGUGCGCCACGAGAAGAACCGACGAUUGCACGCCAACGAGAUUCUGCAAAACCGCAAUGCAUAUGCGACCGAGAUCUCCAAGACGGACGUUGGGCAUGGUCGACGGUUUGACGCUGCCCAGAGCAGCAAUCAACUCGACGCAUAAGCUAGUGUCGCCACAAGUCUAAGCCCCACAACAUCCGAUCUUAUUCCACA